UAAAGUUAUCCGACCGUGGGUGCUGUGCUUGCUUAUCACGUAUUUUGACUCUAUUGUUUCCAGACAGUAAAAUUAUAAGCGAAAUGCUGCCGUAUAGAAGAUUCUGCGGGAUGAAACUGAACGUCGGGUUCUUGGCCGUAUUUCUGUAUUUAAUAGACAAAUCUAUACAGCAAGCCAUUGAUGAUUACGUGCCGGGCGAAGACUACCCGGCUUUCACGGAAGUCCCAAAGGGUCUGUCUUUCACCUGCAACGACAAGAUACCGGGAUACUACGCAGAUCCUGAAACCAAUUGCCAAGUGUGGCACUGGUGCGUGCCAGGCAUCGGUGGUAACCAGCAGUAUUCCUUCUUGUGCGGUAUCGGGACUGUCUUCAACCAGAGAACGAGGGUCUGCGACUAUUUCUUUAAGGUCGACUGUCCGAACUCUCCAGCCUACUACGGAGUCAACGAAGAUCUUUACAAAGAUGAAGCAGGAAACUACAUCAGCGGCAAAUAACACGACUGACUAUCUGUUAUUAAUUUACAGUUUCAACUUAAAAGCCUUAACGAUACGCGAAUACAAAAAAAAAAAACAGAACUAAAAAUUGCCAAGCGCUAA